ACAAGAUGGCGGACCAUAGAGGAGUGAGACAUCAUCCGAUGUCAAAUUUAGCGUUUCACAAUCAAGCUAUGAACUUUCCGCCGACAAUUCAAGUGGAAAUGGCCGAUGCUUUACCCAUUGAUGUUAUGAAAACGAACAUCGCGGUAGCCGUCGAAGGACAGAAUCUCGUACAAGAGAUUGUUCAAAAAGCCACUGCGCUGUUUAAAACACUGCAAGACUGCGAAGUGUUGAACCUAGAGAAGGCGGGAAGCAAAGAUAAGCAUCAGGAGUUGUCUAAGACGUCGAAGGAGACAUUGCAUGGUUUGAAAGAACUGUUUGAUAAGCUAAGAGUUGUGUAUGAAGAGUCUAGGAGAAGGAUGCCAGAAAUCCAUGAUUUGUUGAGCUCUGGAAAUAUUGAGCACCUAUUGCCUUUUGAGAAUGAUCCUAGUCAAAUGGUAGGAAUGGAUAUGCAAGAUCCUGAAAGAGAAGGCCUGAUCAAGGAAGUACAAAUGAAAAAUGCAAAGAUAAAAGUUCUUAUUGAAAAAUUUCGAACUUUGAUACAAGAUCUAAGCUUGAUUGUACAGCUUGAGACAUCUCAAUAACGGUGACUACAACCCCCAUUAUC